GAUGAAAAGCUAGUAAGGCUAUUUUUAGUUGCAAUUUUUGAAAGAGAAGACAAUGGAGCUUGGCAUUACCCAAUUGGUUUGCUGUUUGAUCUCCAUGCAUCAAAUACAGCCCUUCCUUGGAGCAUCACAGUGCAUUUCAAGAAUUUUCCAGAGAAGGAUCUUCUACACUGCCAUUCUAAGGAUGUGAUUGAAGCUCAUUUUAUGGCUUGUAUAAAAGAAGCAGAUGCUUUAAAGCACAAAAGUCAAGUCAUCAAUGAGAUGCAAAAAAAGGAUCAUAAGCAACUGUGGAUGGGGUUACAGAAUGAUAAAUUUGAGCAGUUUUGGGCAAUAAAUCGAAAACUCAUGGAGUAUCCUCCGGAAGAUAAUGGAUUUCGAUACAUCCCAUUUAGAAUUUAUCAGGCAACAACAGAGAGACCUUUUAUACAGAAGCUAUUUCGGCCCAUUGCAUCGGGAGGAGAGUUGCAUACUUUGGGAGACCUGCUCAAAGAUGUGUGUCCUGGUGCUAUCGUCCCUGAAGAUGGAGAGCAGAAGACUCAAGUGAUGAUUCAUGGAAUUGAGCCAAUGCUGGAAACACCCAUUCAGUGGCUAAGUGAACAUAUGAGCUAUCCAGAUAAUUUCCUCCACAUUAGUAUCAUUCCCCGACCUACUGAUUGAGACUCAGCUAUAUUCCUAUGAGGAUCGUUCUCAAGCUGGAAUUAGAAGGGCAUGUCAACUUCUUGCUCCUGUCAGCCUUGACAGAGGCAGCCUGACCAGAAAAAAAGAAACCAACAAAAAGCCGAAACAAAACAAGAAGUCCUCACUGCUGUCAGCCAAACAGGAAGAGAGAUCCUAUCAUCAGAUAAGGGCAAUUGGGCUGUUCUUAUUUUGCAUCACUGCUGCGUUUCUUCACCGCUGUAAUUAAAUCAGUUGCGAUAUGAAAGAAUUUACAGGACUUCUGCAAGUCUGCUGUUUUCUUGUAAAAUAGAAUGAAGCUGAAACUGUCAGCCGAGGAGCAAAUGGAAAUCUACCACUUGAUUGUAUUUCUGAUUAACAAAUAAACAGGGCUGUUUCCUAAAGCAGUAGUGUUUCAGCUUUGAGGGUGGAAACAUUGGUUUAAUUUUCUAGAAAGUUAGACACCGAGAGAUUCAGUUACCAAUAGCUUUUUUGUAAAAGAUCAAAUUACUGUAAAUCCAUCUUUCCUUAAUGAGAAGUUCAUGUUUACAGUAUAUGUAUUGGGAUGCAAAUGAUCUUUUCACUUUGAUAACAAGCAGUGAGAGAUUUUAAAGUAAGCCCGUGAGCAUGUUUUGUCAGUUAAAAACAUGCACAACUUAAUAAUUUACAAAUACUUUUGAUUUGUAUGCUGUCACUGAAUACUCCAGUGUGUUUAUUAUUCAAACCAGUUUUCACAGACUUGCAGCGACAUAGGAUAAUUUGUCUCAGGAGUCGUCAUGGCAUUUCUUCGUGCUCAUCUAAUUCUUUUUUCUCAAAGAAUAUUGUCUUAAUUUAAUUUAAAAAGUGGUGUGGUUUUUUUUAAAAAAAAACAAACCUAAAUGGAUGUUGCAAA